AACAACAUUUCGUUUAUAGAACACUACUAAGCAGUUGAGCUAUUUUCUCGUUUCUGUUUGUCUGGAUUUUUCUGAGAGAAAAUUCUGAUAGAGAGAAAAAUGGGUACACUCAGAUUACCAGAUGUUGUUCCUCCUCCAACCGAAGACUGUGGAAGACUCAAAAAAGCCUUCCAGGGAUGGGGAACGGAUGAGGCAGCGAUAAUAUCGGUGUUGGGGCACAGGAAUGAAAGCCAAAGGAGGAAGAUUAGAGAGACAUAUCAGCAGCUUUACAAUGAGUCCCUCAUUGAUAGUCUCCAGUCCGAACUGUCUGGUGAUUUCAGGAAAUCGGUGAUUUUGUGGACAUAUGAUCCUCCUGAAAGGGACGCGAGGCUGGCGAAUGAGGCCUUGAAGUCGAGGAACAAAGGCAUAAACCAACUACAAGUAAUAGUUGAGAUAGCAUGUGCAUCCUCGCCUCACCAUCUGGUGGCAGUGAGGCAUGCCUACUGUUCUCUGUAUGAUUGUUCACUCGAAGAAGACAUCACUUCAAAUGUCUCCUUACCACUCCAAAAGAUUCUAGUGGGUUUAGUGCGUUCUUAUAGAUAUGAUAGAGAAGUGGUGGAUUUGGACGUGGCAAAUUUAGAGGCAGCUAAGCUACAUGAAGCCAUUAAAGCAAAACAAUUAGAUCAUGAUGAUAUUGUGUGGAUACUUGGCACUAGGAAUGCUUUCCAACUAAAAGGAACUUUCCAAUGCUAUAAGCAGAGCUAUGGAAAUCCCAUUCAUGAGGACAUCAUGCGCUGUGGCAAAGGCAUUCUGGAAUCUAUUUUGAAAGUGGUUGUUUGGUGUCUAGAUACCCCAGAAAAGCACUUUGCUGAGGUUAUUAGAGCUUCAAUUGUUGGGCUUGGGACCGACGAAGAUUCACUAACCAGAGCCAUUGUAACUCGAGCUGAAAUUGAUAUGAUGAAAAUUAGAGGAGAGUAUUUUAACAUGAACAAAACUAGCCUUGAUAAUGCAGUUAUCGACGACACUUCUGGAGACUACAAGGACUUCCUCAUGACCUUGCUUGGAGCAAAACUCUGAUUCUGUUGUUGUCUAGGCCGUUCUCCUUCAUUAUGUCUACAAGGACUUCCUCAUGACCUUGCUUGGAGCAAAACUCUGAUUCUGUUGUUGUCUAGGCCGUUCUCCUUCAUUACAUUUUGUAUGAUCGAUCGACUUUGUUUGCAUUUGUUGCGUUUUGGAAAUAAAAAGUUGGUGGUGGUAUGCUGCUAGAAAAUUUAAUAGUUUGAAGACAAAU